AGAUUACAAGUCUUGUAAAAGUGCAUGCAGCUGUGCACGUUUUAUACCCAUCGAAAGCUCAACUCUAUGACAGCGUUUUUUAAAGCUGCACUACGUGACAGAGGAUAAAUUGCCUGACGACUCAAACUGAAUUCUUCCGCUGCCUUACCGGAGGAGAAACCGGUACGGUCCGUGGGCGUUUGAUGUGUUUAUUAAGGAGUUUGGGUAACCAGGCAAGAGGAGAAAGCGACCAUGGUGAAAAUAUCGCAAGGCACUGGAGGAUGCGGAUGCGAUUAUUUCGGAGAAUAUCGUUCGCUCGCUAGUGUACCCUGGGAUCACCGUUUUUAAUAGCAAAAUAAUUGAUGACACACCGCACCGACCUCCUAAAGGUUGACUGUUGACUGGCCAGCUGGGUGGUUACUGAGGCAGAUUGCAUUUUAGAACCUCCUCUUCUUCUUUUGUCUGACUCAUUGGAGUUGACCAACAGACGUCAAGACUGACCACAGACAUGAGCAUGGCUUUGGCCUCACUCCGGUCAAUGUCGAUGCCCUGCGCCAGUGUCCGUACCAUCCCCACCAUCACCCUCGUCACCCAAAACACCCCCCGCUGAGAGACCCAGCCGACCGAGUCAGAGCUAGCAUCCACCAUGCUGUCAGGAAGCUACAGUCGCUCCACGGCCGCCUCACCCGCCAUGCCAUCUGCCUCCACCAGGGGGAGAACUACCAGUGUGGACAGUGUGUCCAGUAGGGAGAGCGGUGCAAGUGUGAGCAGCAGUGUGAGCGGCAGUGUGAGCGGCAGUGUGAGCGGCAGUGUGAGCGGGCCCACAGUGUGUGGAGUCCCCAGUGGCACGGUGUUGCUGGAGGCGCAGUAUGACUAUCAGUACCGUGGGGCAGACGGACGACAGGUCUGCAUCCGAGAAGGGGAGCGGUUUAUUCUGCUGAGGAAGACUAACACUGACUGGUGGCAGGUGCGGAGGAUCGGGGCAGCGAGUAAAGCCAAUCCCCUGUAUGUCCCAGCUACGUACGUAGUGGAGGUACCCAUCACUCCUCUGUCAUCAGUACCACAACAACAAAAUGCCAACAACAUCAUGUGUAACCCUGCCAACAUCAGACUGCAGAUACAGUCCUCUCUCUCUCUCUGCUCUAACAGUCAGUACUCAGUGCUCAAAACCUUCUGUCGGUCAAUGGAGGACCUCAACUCUCGCAGUGCCUUCAGGGGAGUCAACAGCCACAGCCCUACCCCCAGUCUGGGAGGUGGAGAGGGUCACUUCCCCACCAUGCCCCUCCCUGCCCUCCCCUUCUACACUGCUAGCUCCUCCCCAGGACAUCUGCUGGUCCCUGGGGGCCCCCAGACCUCUAUUGGCCUCUCGGGCCCCAUCCCCCGCACUAAAAGCUUCAACAACCUGCCCCAGAACCCUUACGAUGAGAUGGAAGUGGCGGAGAUGGGACUGAGUGGACGGACCACACCCAUUGGGGGUGUUGCCAAGUCCCUUAGCCAAUGGGACAUGGCCGAGGCCACCCGCAGAAACAGCCGUCUGCAGGUGUCUCCCCAGUCCUACAUUUCCCAGCAGUAUCUCCUGGAGUCUCCUCUACACUCUGCCAUCCACCAGGUGAAGAGGCUGACCCAAGUGGAGCCCCCCAGCCCCGCCCCCGGCCAGCGACCCAUGCAGGUGCUGGACCUAUGGGAGCAAUACUCGGACCCCUCCACGGGGCGAUGUUUCUAUGUCAACACUGUUACCAAGGAGAGGUCCUGGAAACCCCCCCGCAGAGCUCGCGAACGGGCUAGUCCGAUGCAACCACAGACAAUCCCAAGGGACGCAAACCACCUGUCUCUCCCAAUCCCAGGCACAGAGAAUGGCAACACGAACAGGCUCUCUUCAGACUUCCUGUACGGUGGGCAGAUUGCUGACAGUGACCGGGAGCUGGGUCAGAGCAUGCAGAGAGCAGUUUCCUCCAACACCAUCAGCACCGCAGCUUUCAGAACAGGAGAGUCUCAGGGGGUUGUCCAGCGACGUCACUCUGCCCUACUGCAUCAUGGGACAGAGCAGCUCAGCCACUCACGAACCAUAAUACUCCCCAAGAAUGGCAAGCUGGCUCAGCAGUGCAGAGACUGUUCCUACCCUGGGACCAGUGUUGUGGUGGUGGAGUCUCCUUCUCCAGCCACCUCUCCCGACAGCAAUGACAGCUCCACACCGGAGCUGGAAAAAGCAGGUCUGCUGAACAAGACCAAGAUAGCAGAGGGAGGCCGGAAACUGAGGAAGAACUGGAAUCCGUCGUGGGUGGUUCUGGUCGGGAACAGUCUGGUGUUCUUCAAGGAUCCCAAAUCCCAGACCCCCUCCAGCUGGAAACCAGGCAACAGUCGUCCUGAGAGCAGUGUAGACCUGAGAGGAGCUGUGGUGCAGUGGACCAAUGACCUGUCCAGCAAGAAGAACGUCUUCAAGCUGAGGACGGUGACAGGGAAUGAGUUCCUUCUGCAGUCAGAGACAGAAUCACUGAUCAGAGAGUGGUUCAACACCAUCCACAGUGUCAUCGAUAGACUGGAUCGGGAGAAUCCCCUGGACAAUGUCCUGCUGUAUUCUCUGAGGAGGGCAGGCAGUGUGGAGAUGUUGGACCACAGUGGAGACGAAGAGGACAGUCGAGGAGGAUAUAAAGCAUCACUCCCUCGUUCUGCUUCCAACGUGGAGAACUCAGAGAGGAAGCGUGUUCGGAGCAGACUGAAGAAGUUCAUCCUGAAGAGACCUCCACUACAGAUCCUACAGGAGAAAGGACUCAUCAAGGACCAGGUGUUUGGCUGUCAUCUAGAGAUGCUGUGUGAGAGAGAGAAGAACAAUGUGCCUCGUUUCGUCAGGCUCUGCACUGAGGCUGUGGAGAGGAGAGGUCUGGAGACAGACGGUAUCUACAGAGUGAGUGGGAACCUGGCGGUCAUCCAGAAACUACGCUUCCUAGUCAACCAUGAGCGAGCGGUGACUACAGACGGACGUUAUAUGUUCCCUGCGGAGUUGAUGCAAGAGAAGUUCAACCUGGAACAGAGUGAGUGGGAGGACAUCCAUGUCAUCACAGGAGCCCUGAAGCUGUUCUUCAGAGAGCUUCCUGAACCCCUGGUUCCUUACUGCUUCUUCACAGAUAUCUUAGAGACCGUCAAGAUGUCAGACUACCUGGAUAAAGUGGACCGUCUGAAGUCGCUGGUACUGAGCAUGCCUGCUCCCAACCAAGACACCAUGAGGUUCAUGUUCAGCCAUCUCAAACGGGUGAUGGAACAUUCUGACUCUAACCGGAUGUCGACCCAGAACAUCGGCAUAGUGUUCGGUCCCACCCUGAUGCGUCCGGAGAGGGACAAUGUUAACAUGGCCAUCAACAUGGUCUACCAGAACCAGGCCGUGGAGCUCAUUCUCAAUGAGUUUGACCGUAUCUUCAGACCCAUUAACUUUACAUCCCUCUGACAUCCCUUUAGCCCAGGAAACCGAACCUAGAACCCACCCAGCCCCAAGUACCCAGUCAGCACAGAACACUGAACCUAGAACCCACCCAGCCCCAAGUACCCAGUCAGCACAGAACACUGUACCUAGAACCCACCCAGCCCCAAGUACCCAGUCAGCCCAGAACACCGAACCUAGAACCCACCCAGCCCCAAGUACCCAGUCAGCCCAGAACACCGAACCUAGAACCCACUCAGCCCCAAGUACCCAGUCAGCACAGAACACCGAACCUAGAGCCCACCCAGCCCCAAGUACCCAGUCAGCACAGAACACUGAACCUAGAACCCACCCAGCCCAGAACACUGAACCUAGAACCCACCCAGCCCCAAGUACCCAGUCAGCACAGAACACUGAACCUAGAACCCACCCAGCCCAGAACACUGAACCUAGAACCCACCCAGCCCCAAGUACCCAGUCAGCACAGAACACCGAACCUAGAACCCACCCAGCCCCAAGUACCCAGUCAGCACAGAACACAGAACACCGAACCUAGAACCCACCCAGCCCCAAGGACCCAACUCAGCGACCUGAACCAACUUUGGACCCAACCCCUCUGGUACUGUAUCCUCCAACACCCAAACCCAGCCCAGCCUGAGCCAAACACAGAGACCAGAACCGACAGAACCAGAAAGGCUGUGAAAGGACACCAGCUUCUCCUCAUGCUCUUCUUACUUCCUCCCUGUAGUAUCAACUUGUGGUAAAAACAUAGGUGGGUAAACUGAUCGCCGGUCGCUGUGAAAAAAACUAGCGCUUCCUAUACUUUCAAUGCACUGUAUGGCAAAAGAAAGAAAGGUGGGUAAACUGCAUUUACUUGCAUUGACCCUCCAUUACACCCCCUGGUAUCAACACCAGCUUAACUCACCUCAUCCCACGGCACGGAGAAAGACAUGCAAAGACAUGGGAAAAGGAGGAAAAGCCAAUAUGGAUAAUGUACAGUAUGUUUCCUUAUCUCCUGCUGUAGUAUAGUAGCAACUACAGCCAAACUCGCCUCCGCCAAACUCAACGGCAACAACAAGCUGUUUCAUCUUUGUGUCACUGUCUAUUAUCUGUCUACAAUAAAGUUAUUGUGAAGUUUUCAAAUUUGAA